AUUUUAUGCAAACAGUUUUCCUCUCGCCAUGAAGUUCACUGUCUCAUCAACGAUACUUGUCUUAACAAUACUCUUCUUCAGCGCCGAUGCGUUGGAUCUGAACCGAUUCUUCUGGCACGGUAAUCAACCACUGACGACAGAGGAAGUUCAGAUAGUGGAGAUCGUUCGAUGGCGUCAACCGGUUUGCAUGAAACCCGCGAGAGGUGUGUCGUUGUGUCUGGAAGGUCUGCAAGAAUUUCAAACGGAAUACGAGCGUGUCACCGGCAAGCGAUCGAAAGAAGAGAAAGAGGUAUACUCGGUAUUGACCGACGUGCAGUCGAAGUCGAGCGCGUCGUCGCUCGAACAGGAAGUUCUAAGCAAAUUCGAGCCGCCGGAAAUCGUCGUUCCCUUACCUCGGAAGCAAUUGCAACCCUCCGAAGAAUCCGUGGAAGAGAAGUUAACGGAAUCGAGCCGAAGGACGUCAAUAUUGACGGAGGGGCAAGAAAGGAGCAUCAGGAUGGAGAGGCACAUUCCGCAUUUGGAAAAUGUGACCAAACGAAAGCAGAUUUACGUAACCAAGGUUCUGAACGCUCCAGUUACUGCUACUUUAGUCGCUCAUAACUGUCUCCCUGAUAUUGGAAUACCGUUAUGCGAGCAUCAGGCAGAAGACAGUGAAGCUUCUGAAUCACACGACGCGAGACCCACCCUGAGUAUCGCAUUGGCCAACACGAACGACGAAGACAUCGUGGAAUUAUCUGGCGAUACACGUCAUAGGUUUCUAACAAAAUCGCCAAAGAAGCCAGAAAUUGUCACCAACAGUCCAAACGUCGUUCAAACGUCUACGAGUUUCGCCUUGGAUUGCCCUGGCGCCACGCGUACUCCUGUUCUGCAGCUUGCGAUUUCGAGAAACAGCGGACUUGUCCCGAACGUUGCUCGCAAACCUGUGGUUCUUGACAGUGUCUCGCCGUGCGGCGUCCUUGAGGAUCGAUCGCUAAAAGAAAGUAGCAAUCAGUUUGCAGAGUUUGAGACGAUGAAGUCGCCGAUGAAUGGCGAGACGGAGAACGAGGCAUCGAGGAAGCAAGAUAUUUCCUUGGAUAAUGUUCACGAUGUCGAUAAAUUCGAUUUGGGGGAUGGAAAGCCAGUUCGGGCGCCGGUGUUUUCGGAUUGGUUAAAGGUAAUGGAUAAUACUGAAGAGACAUCGGAUGCCACGAAACCCUGAUAAAGAGAUUGACGUUGGAAUAGCAAGAGAAGUAGAGAUGUAGUACGAAAAUUAGAAGAAUUCAAAAGAUGGAUUUGUCGAGAGACAGACUUUAAUAGAUAUUAUAUAAUUAAAGAAGUUUC